AUGUCAGCGAUCCAGGAGAACCUCAAGAAGAGCAAUAUCGAGUACGCAAGCACCUUUGACAAGGGCCACCUCCCACUCCCACCGGGGAAGAAGUACCUCGUCUUGACGUGCAUGGACGCCCGCAUCGACCCUGCCGCCGCGCUCGGCAUCGACCUCGGCGACGCGCACGUGAUCCGCAACGCGGGCGCCAGCGCGCGCGACGCCCUGCGCAGCAUCGUCAUCAGCCAGCAGCUCCUGGGCACGCGCGAGAUCGUGCUCGUCAAGCACACGGGCUGCGGCAUGCUGACUUUCUCCAACGACGACGCCCGGGCCCUCGUGAAGCAGAACCUCGGCCAGAGCGCGGCCGCCGAGGUGGCCGGGCUGGACUUCUUGCCGUUUGGCGACUUGGAGAAGGCCGUCAGGGAGGACGUCGAGUUCUUGAGAGGUAGUGGGGUUGUGAUCACGGAGAGUGAGGGCCAGGGCAGCCAGGCGGGUGGGGGUCGGGUGAGUGGUUGGGUUUAUGAGGUUGAGAGUGGCAAGGUCAGAGAGGUUGUGUGA